ACUGACGGCUUAGUUAGAGGAAGUUACUGGUAGCUGGGAGCAGCCGUGCUAGUAUGUAACCUUUCACGAAUUGGAUACAACAUUGCAGUUAGAGAGAGGAAGGCAGCUGCAUUCAUGGAUAUUGUGGACACCUUUAACCAUUUAAUACCCAGUGAUCAGUUGGACGACACCCUGAUAGCAGGACAGAAUUUGGAAUGUGAAGGCAGUAAUGAGUUUGGGACAGGACACCCGCUGGAAGAUUCACUGAAGAACAUGCUCAGUGACAAAGACCCCAUGUUUGGAUGUGCAAGCUCUCAGUUCAAUCUGCUAGACAAUGAGGACCCCGCUUUUCCGAUCGCUGGCUCUACAGGUCUUGCCGAUGGUUCAGCACCCUCAGGCCUCGGGAGUGAACUGACAGUUGGAGAAACAACACAAGUUAGUAGACCUGUUGGCAAGCAAAAGAAACGUCCACGUUAUUCAGAUGACGAGUACUGCAGUGAUCCACAGCCUUCAGCUGCAUCCAACAACAACAUGAACCGAGCACGAUCAUUAAGGAAACCAGCUAACAGGCUACGGAAGUCAUUUCUUAUUGAGAAAGGAGUUAAAGGCGCCCAGCUGAAGAGAGAACUUACUCUGGGGGGGCGCAUUAAUGUCAAUGAUCUUGAACGUGGAAUAUGGCUGAAUCCUUCUGUUGUAUUGAGACGAUUGACAGUCACAAUUGCAGGAUUUAGGAUUGAACUUCUUCCAGGACCAUCUUACACACAAACUGUUGCAGCGAGCGAGUCUGUGUGCCUUGACGAUGGUUUUUCGUAUGCUGGGGACAUUGGGUUUACCGUGUUGCAAGAUGAAGCUGUCAGUGUACAGAAUCCCACACCCGAGGAUGUGGCGGAGGCGGAUGAUAUCAAGAAGAGCUCUUCUGAGGAUGCAGCCCUAGGACUGGGCCCGUAUGUGAAUCCUAACGACGUGCAGACCUCCAGCGGGACAUUAAUGGGGAGUGCAUGCACUCAAGAGACAAAACUUAACAAUCAGGGUGUUCCUAAGAAGCAAAAGCCAGUCAGUAAAGUAAAAACUGACAUUAAAGAGCCACAAAACACAGAGGAUAAAAUAAACACUGUUAGUAGUAAGACUGAGGAUAAGGAAAAACAACAGAUGGUGGCAAAAACACUGCUCAAGUCGAAACAAGGACUGACUCCUAACAAGAAUAAGGACUUGGUUUCAGCUAAGCCAAACAACAUGAUACAGGGACACAAAGUAUCCCCAAACAUGCCAUCCAAAAUCCAAAGAGAAGACCUGCACAAAAUGAAAUCUCAAAAAGAAAAGAAAGAAAUUUCACCUUUAAAAAGGCCCGCGGAAAACACCCAAGUUGAGCAUGCUAAUAAAAUGCAAAAAAUGCAGGGCACAGGGGAGAGUAAAGUGAAGCCAAAAUCGCCAAGUACACCCAGCCCUGUAAUGAAGAAGAACCCGUCAUCCGCCAACCGUGUUGAUCAGCAGGGACCAGCCAAACAUCCUUCCAAUGUCUCCAAAGUUGAGAGCUCUAACCCGACGCACAGCCGUCCAAGCUAUUCUUUAAAACUGCCCGAAGAAGGACAGGAAAAGCCCAAACUAAAAAAGCCAGAAAAGAUCCUUCAAAGACAGAAAAGUAAAACUUCAAGAAGCAUCUCUGUGGAGGAGCCGCAGCUGUUUAUUCCAGAUAACGCUCCUGUUGUGAAGAAGGAAACUGCUGAGGAGCAAGCUGCUAACAGCGAGAGUGUAUGGGAUGGAAACAACUGUUGUGGCCAGUGCAAAAAACACCAUAAUAACAUGUUCAUGGUAGGCUGCGGUCGCUGUGAUGACUGGUUCCACGGCGACUGUGUUGGCCUCGACCUGACAAAGGUACGUGAAAUGGAGGAGGAGGACCAGAUGUACGUGUGCUUGAAGUGCUGUGAGGAGGAAAGCAAAAAGGUGGAGCCCGAGCCCUUAGAUGCAGACAAACUAGAGGCUCCAGCAAAGACCGAGGUUCAGGAUCUGAAGCAACCUCCUCAGCCUCAACCGGGUCCAUCCCAGACACAGGCAUCAUGGGGCGUCAGACCAGUAAGAAAGGAGCCUGAUAGAAGGCAGUCCACAGAUGCCAGAGAAACCGCUCAUAAAACAGGUUUUUACCUGAAACAAGAGACAAAAAGUAAGACUUCAUCCUCAGUUUCAAAGAAACCUGUGUCUGUGGAGGCAAUCAGGAGAAGUGUGCGUGAUUCUCUGAAAGAAAUCCUCAUACAGAGGUUGAAGGAGUCUGAUUUGAACGUCUCGGUGGAGAGGGCCUCUGAAGUUGCCAAGAAGACAGAGAGAGAGCUUUUUCACUUGUAUAAAGACACUGACAACAAAUACAAGAACAAAUACAGAAGCUUAAUGUUUAACCUCAAAGAUACUAAAAAUAAUGUUCUCUUUAAGAGAGUUCUCAAAGGGGAAAUUUCUCCUGGUAACCUUAUUCGAAUGAGCCCCGAGGAACUGGCCUCGAAAGAGUUAGCUGCUUGGCGACAAAGGGAGAACAGACAUACUAUUGAGAUGAUUGAAAAAGAACAAAGAGAGGCAGAGAGGCGGCCAAUCACUAAGAUCACACACAAAGGUGAAAUUGAAAUCGAGAGCCAAGAACCGGUGAAGGAACCAGUGAAGGCACCAGAACCUGUAGAGCUGAAGUCUCCUGCCAAAUUGACGGAAGUCUCAGCAGAACCUCCAAAAACCCCUGAGAAUAAAACUGAAAGUACGAAGAUGGAGAAAGACACCACCAGCCAACACAAGUCUCACUUAUUUGACCUGCACUGCAAAAUCUGCACAGGUCGUAUGGCGCCCCCUGUGGAGGAGGCACCAACCAAAGUGAUCAAAGUUGCCACAACAGUGGUUAGGAGACAGUCCACUAAAGCAGAAGAGACAAAGAGCACAACACCUGCAAUUGAUGACGACCUGCACCUCACUGUUUUAGAGGAGAGCUUCCGAAAUGCUCAGUCAGUCUAUGAAGGGAGGUCCGAUCAUAUAACUGGAAGAGAUGAAGAGGCUGCUUUCCUUUCCAAUUUGAAGUCUCUGUGGCGAGGAUUUAUUCAUAUGCACUCUGUUGCAAAGUUUGUGACAAAGGCUUUUCCCGUCUCUGGAGUUCUGGACAGCUUGACUGAGGACCUCCCAGAUAGUAUUCAAGUUGGUGGAAGGAUAAGUCCACAGACAGUGUGGGACUACUUGGAGAAGAUCCGGGCAACUGGAACAAAAGAGGUGUGUCUGAUUCGCUUCUCCCCUGAGACGGAAGAAGAUGAGAUCUCCUAUACUCUUCUGUAUGCCUACUUCAGCAGUCGCAGGCGAUUUGGGGUGGUGUCCAAUAACCUGAAACAAGUGAAGGACAUGUACCUCAUUCCCUUGGGCGCCACUGAAAAAGUUCCACAUCAGCUAGUUCCCUUUGAUGGGCCAGGUUUAGAAAACAACCAUGCCAACCUUCUCCUUGGACUUAUAAUUCGUCAGAGACCUAAAAGGGAUUUCCUUCCCGUGGACAUGAAUGAAAGUGCGAGGAUUAUUCCUGAAAUCCCACCCAUCACCAUUACUACAAAAGAAACCAGAGACACAGAGGAGGAUGAGAAAAUUUUCCUCUCUACUUUGACUACUGCACAUAAAAAAGAGAAGGACAAACCACUUAACUCUGCUGAAGACGUUGAUGAGCCAGUAACAGAGCCUCUUGAAGAACCAUCUGCAUCAGAGGAGACCAACAAUCAGGAACCCAGAAAACCACUGCGCUUCCUUCCAGGUGUGUUAGUCGGCUGGGGUGGGGAGUUGCCACCUCUGCCAGAUGUUGGGGGCAAACCUGCAACAACAGCGGAUGACACCCAGAAGACCCAACCAGCUCCCAAAACAGAGGCAUCAACCGGAAACUCGAAAAGUCCAACAGCUGCUGCACCACGAGAGCGCUUUGUCAUCAAGAAGAAAGAAACCAAACCUGUUAAAGCUGAACAGGAGCUCUCCAACCCGACGGAUACAUCUGCUGCGAACAACUCAUCAGCAAAGGAUGCUGCAGUGGUGACCCAUGGUGCCCUCGUCUCUCUGAAAGAUAAGCCUCCAGAUGUAUCGACUGAAGCGUUCCUGGCAAGCUUGUCAGCAGCUCCAAGCGAGACUGAAACUAACAGCGCCGCAUCUGCAAACAAAGGCGAUGCCGGCCUUUUGUCUGAAACUGAAAAAGCAUCGUCUGAAGAGGAUCCUUUGUCGCAGUCGAAAUCCCAGGCUGCUCCGGCUCACACUAAUAGCUCAAAACCUCCUUUAAGUGGAAUACUGAAAAAAUCUUCAGCGUAUUGCAGUGCGAGUGAAGAUAAAACAACAGUGCAACAAAAGGAUAAAGCCAGCCAGCCAGCUCCUUCGAGUCCUAAACCCGUUCCUGUGUUGAGCAGCACUAGAAACGAGCCUGUUACACUGUUUCACCAAGGAUAUUUACAGCUUUCUCAGCCUAAGAAAAAAACAGAAGAAGAAAAGCAAACAACUAUUCGAUCAUUCUCGUGUGAAGAGGAGGAUGCUGGCUUGUCUCAGGCUGGUGCUACAGUAACUCAGACAGUAUAUCCUCCUUCAGUCCAAGAACCACAAGCAGCAUGUUACACAGAAGCCUCCGAGCUCGACCACAACUCGGCAAUGACACCAGUUCUCCCAGUAUACAACAGUGCUGCACCUAUCCCAUCACAGCAGCAGCAACAGCCUCAGGUACCUGGCAGCUACGACUACCCAACUGGCCCACCUCAACACUCUUUCUCUAGCCUACACACGCAGGAUCAGAACCACAGCACACCGUGGGCUCAGGACAGCACCUCAUACGCUUUUCCCGGACUUCAAUCACAGUACGCCGAGAGCUACCCCGAACCAGCUGGCCGACCUCCGUCACUGGCCAAAGACUACAAACGCCUAGAUGAGCGGUACAGCGACCCGUGGGAGAGGCCGCGAACAACGGAGGACCGAGACCAGCACGAGAGGAGGCACAGCCAUCACAGGGACACGCAUCACGCGAAAAAGAGCAGGCACCACGGCCGAGAGCGGGAUAAAAAGCACGAACGCAGCCGCGACAGAGAAAAGAGCAGGCACCAUGGACACUCAGACGACCGCUAUGGUGAGAAAAGGAAAGAGAGACACCACAGCGAUGAUCACAGCAGCCGUCACAAGGACAGACACAGACACAGACGGGACUCUGAUUAUGAGAACGGGCGGAGAAGUUCUAAAGACAGUUAAUUGUGUUUUUUUGUUUGUUUUUUAAAAGCCCUGCACGCAAGUGUUGGGGCUCUAAGAAAGACUGGUUGGUGAGUUAGACGGUUGAAACCACUGUAGCUAUACUGGCUGAUAGUGGGGUUGUUUGUUUUAUACAGCGGUCUGCAGCUUAUACGCCAUUUCCUUCAUAGAAGUUCCAUUUUAUGUUAUUGACAGUGCAGCCAAAAUGAAAUAUCAUUUCAGUGCGAUUGUGAAGAUCUUUCUAGAUGCGUUCUCUUCAAACCAACAACUGAAUAUUGGAACAAAUUCAAAAUUUUAACUUUUUAUUGUAUGUAUCCGGUUCAUACAGAGCAGUUGUGCCGAUUACAAACGAUCAGUUAUUGUUUUCAGUCUGGUGGUAACAUACGAGUGUGGACCAUUUGGUAAAAAGUUGGAAUGAAUGUGACACAGAAAACAUUUAACUGAGGACCGUGAUCUAAACAGCAGCUAUGCUUUUUUUUUUUUUCAACUUUUAUUCUUUUAAAUUGCUUAAAUAUUUUUUAAACUUACUUUUUUUGGAAAAAAGUAUGUACAUUUUGGCUUGUAAUAUACAGUAGAGAUGAAGUGUGCCUUUGCACUGUGUGUUUAUGUACAGUUCGUAAUAAAGCUAAUCCUUUUUUAUUAUUGAUUAUAAAAAAAGAACUUCUCAUAUUUCUUUCUAAAUCCAUUAAAAGUGAAAUCACCUGAAUACUGAUUUGCAAGUUAUUGUUUACAAAAACUGUUUCUGAAAUUUGUUGUUUCUCAUCAGAAUAGCGACUUACUCUCAGGGCUUCUGUUUGUUUGAGAUAUUUCAUCCAGCUGAGUUCUGAUAAAACAAUACUUCAC